AUACCAUUUUGUUGUAGAAAUGGUUCUAUUUUACCUAUCAUUAUGGAUCCAACUCAAUCAAAAUCUGUUUUCCAAAUGCAAGUGUUUAAAGCUCCACCUGAUUUGGAUAAAACAUCACUUUAUCCACCUGAAAAAUGGAAAAUAAUGGGUAUUCUUAAUCCUUAUUAUAAAUGUGGUGCACCAUUAAAGGUGGAACCUUCUACAUUUCCUGAUCCUAGAGGACUUGAAGCUACUGUUUUCACUAUUGCUAGUUGGCAAAUAAUUUGCAAUAUAUCAAAACCAGUUAAGAGGAACACUCGAUGUUGUGUUUCUUUCUCUGCUUAUUAUAAUGAUUCUGUUGUUCCUUGUAACACAUGUGCAUGUGGUUGUGAUGAAGGUGAUACCAAAACAGAACAUUGUAAUCAGAAUGCAAGAGCAAUGCUUCUACCUCCAGAAGCACUUCUUGUACCUUUUGAAAACAGGACACUUAAGACAGUUGCUUGGGCUAAAUUAAAGCAUUUACAUGUGCCUAAGAAAUUACCAUGUGGUGAUAACUGUGGAGUUACCAUAAAUUGGCAUGUAGUUUCAGAUUUUAAAGGUGGAUGGAGUGCUAGAAUCACUUUAUUUAAUUGGCAACCUUUUCAUUUUCAGAAUUGGUUCACUGCAUUGCAAUUUAAGAAGAGGGUUUCUAUUGGUUUUGAGAAAGUUUACUCUUUUAAUGGAACACUCUUGAAAAAAAUCAAUAACACUAUUUUCAUGCAAGGAUUACAAGGAGCAAAUUAUUUGAUAGCUGAAGACAAUGGAACAAAUCCAAAGGUGCCUGGAAAACAACAAUCUGUUAUUUCAUUUACAAAGAAAUUCACACCAUAUAUUCAAAUAGCAAAAGGAGAUGGGUUCCCUACAAAAGUUCUUUUUAAUGGAGAGGAGUGUUCUAUUCCUACACAAUUCCCUGUGAGAAGUGGAAACCAAUUACCAAAUGUAUAUUUAGUACAACAAAUGUUGUUAGUCUUAGUUUUAGCUUUUACAUUGAAUCAAAUAUUGUAUUAGGAUGCCACAAAGUUAAAAACAAUUUAAUUUGACCACUUUAUUUUUGGUGUCAUGCUGUUGUGACCCAAUUCCCUGCUUAUACUGUCUUAUUAUUUAGAUAAUGAAAUUCAUGAAUGGCCAAUGCAGGGACUGAUUGAUGUAGUGGUCUACUUUGAUAG